UCUCGGUAGGACUGACUCCCUUGGGCCCUCCCGGUGCCCCGGGCUGGUGACCUCGAUGAUAUUACAGUCUUGUGAGGUUACAGAUUAUGAUCUCGUGAUAUUACCGACCUCAGAAGGGUUUAUUUGGAUACGGGAGCGGGGCACCGGUUCAUGCGAUAGUUCUGCUGUCCCCGGCUAGAAAACCAGCACUUCCUUCUACCCCAUCAUGUCCUUAAUGCGAAGUCCGCGGUUACUUGGGAAAGGGCUGGCGGACUUGGCGAAAUUCCCGUGGCCGCCCAUUCCUCGCAAUCGAGUUCCACAGGCUUUUCCGCGCUUGAUUAGCAGCAAGGGGCCUCCGACCUUCUGUCGUAGCUUCUGGGUGUCCUCCAAACAGGCGGCGUCCUCCUCGAUGGCCGUGACUGUGAACCUGACUCCCGGGCGCCGCAGCCUGUGGGACGAGCCCGUGGCGAUCGCGGUGCACGGUCUGGCCCCGGCCCAGCGGGUCACCCUGCGCGCCUCCCUCCCCGAUGAGAAAGGGGAGUUAUUCCGGUCGUCGGCCCGCUAUGAGGCCGACGCAGGCGGGCAGCUGGACCUGGCGCGGGCGCCCUCUCUGGGGGGCAGCUACAGCGGCGUGGAGCCCAUGGGGCUCUUCUGGAGCAUGAAACCCGACAAGCCCUAUUGGCGGCUGGUGAAGCGGGACGUGCAGACUCCUUUCCUCGUGGACCUGGAGGUGUACGAGGGUCACGACCCCCAGCCCACCAAGCUGCUGGCACAGGUGGUCCACGAGCGGAGCUUCUUGGGGCCGGGGGUGAAGAGGAUCCCGGUGCGAGAGGGCAACCUGCGGGCCACCCUCUUCCUGCCUCCCGGUUCAGGGCCCUUCCCUGGGAUCAUCGACAUCUUUGGAGCUGGAGGUGGCCUGUUUGAAUAUAGAGCCAGCCUGUUGGCUGGACAUGGCUUUGCAGUGCUGGCCCUGGCAUACUAUGCCUAUGAGGACCUCCCCAAAGACAUGAAGGAACUUCAUCUGGAAUACUUUGAAGAGGCUGUCCAGUACCUGAAAAACCACUCUCAGGUAAAGGGUCCAGGAGUUGGGAUCCUUGGAUUUUCCAAAGGGGGUGAUCUGUGCAUCUCCAUGGCCUCCCAUUUGAAGGACAUCACAGCCACUGUCACCAUCAAUGGCUCUGUGGCAAAUGUAGUGUCUGUGCUACACUAUAAGGGUGUGACCAUUCCCCCAUUGAAGACUGACCUAAAACGUAUCAAGAUGACUGAAGAUGGGUUUGCAGACAUUGUUGAUGUUCUCAACAAUCCUUUGGAGGAACCCAACAGAAAAAGCUUAAUUCCAAUUGAGAAGGCUGAGAGUUGCUUCAUGUUUCUUGUUGGUCUGGAUGACCACAACUGGAAAAGUGAAUUCUAUGCCAUUGAAGCUGCCAAAUUGUUAGAAGCCCAUGGGAAGAACAAACCGGAGAUUAUCUGUUACCCUGCAACAGGACACUAUAUUGAGCCCCCAUAUUUCCCUAUGUGCCCAGUUUCCUUUCACGCUUUGGUGGGCACAAAUGUGAUCUGGGGAGGAGAAGUUAGGGCCCACUCCAUGGCCCAAAUUGAUGCUUGGAAACAACUCCAAGCCUUCUUCCACAAACAUUUAGGAAGUGAUCAGAUAGCACAUCCCCCCAAUUGUAACUCGCCAUUUAGAAAUUCAGAUGGUAUAUGGUAAGAGUGUAUUGAGAUGAUACCACCUAGAGAGAUUAUUUUUAGAAUAAUUGGAAUAGGAUUUUUUUCUCACCUUUAAGAUAAAGUUGAAAGUAAUAAUAAUUUUGAAGCUCUCAAUGUUGCAUUUUAAGUAAACAGUUUCCCCAAGAAUAAGAGAAUAAUUUUGUGGAAGAAGAGUGAGAGAGUACUUUCCUUACAUGGAAAAUAAACUCCAUAAACCCAUAGAAUUGGCCAAGACCUCCUAGGCCUAUAUAAGCUGCCUAUAAAUUUCCUAGACAUGUUCUCUCUGUGCCUUAAGAAAUUUAUCAGGUCUUAAAAAUAAACAAAUAAGAUGCUGAUACCAAAA